GUCCCUUCUUCAGUUUACAACUUCAAUGCUCUCAGAUCUGGUUUCAAUGGCCUCUAGUUCAUCCUCUGGCGCUUCUUCUGUUAGCAGCUAUGAUGUGUUUCAAAGCUUUAGAUUUCCAUCAGCCUAAUUGAUUGUUUUUUUCUUUUUAUUCUAAAAGACCAAAGACUAUUCGUCCCUUCUUCACUUUGUAACUUCAAUUCUCAGAUCUGAUUUCAAUGGCCUCUAGUUCCUCCACUACUGUUAUGGCUUCUUCUUCUUCUUCUUCUUCUUCUGGUGCUGGUGAUAAACCUUGCAGCUAUGAUGUCUUUUUAAGCUUUAGUGGCGAAGAUACUCGAAAUUCUUUUACAGAUCAUCUCUACCAUAAAUUAAUUCACGCGGGUAUUCGUACCUUUAGAGACAACGAAGAAAUAAACAGAGGUGAAGAAUUGAAACCUGAGAUUGAGAGAGCGAUUAAAGCAUCCAAGGCUUCGGUAGUUGUAUUGUCAAAGAAUUAUGCAACCUCGGCUUGGUGCCUUGAUGAGCUUCUGCUCAUCCUGGAGCAAAGAUGGGAGUGUAAUCAUUUUGUUCUACCUGUUUUCUAUGGCGUUGACCCCACGGAUGUUAGGCAUCAAAAAGGAAGUUUCGCCAUAAAAGUCAAACCUUCUCCAAAGUGGACAGAUCAGAACGUAAACCAAUGGAAGACAGCUCUUACGGAGGUUGCUAAUUUGGCCGGCCAUGUUGCUUCUGGAAACAAGCAUUUUGAAGGAAAUUGUUGAUACAAUUUACAAUAAGCUAGAUCGCAAACGUGUACAUCUUCCAUCUAAUAUAACAGGGGUAGCCACUCGUUAUGAGGACAUCAGUUCCUGGUUAGAGGAGUGCAACCUUGAGUUUUUAUCGAUCUGCGGUAUGGCAGGAAGUGGCAAGACAACGCUUGCCAAAUACAUAUACGAUUCAAACUGGAAAUCGUUUGAAUAUGCGAGUUUUGUUGAAAACAUUGGUAGUAGAUGUGAUUUACAUGAACUACAAGAACAACUACUUAAAGAUAUUUUAGGAGGGGAAAAGAGAAAAGUACCUUGUGUUUCUAGAGGUACGUGUAUGAUUGAGGAGGCCCUGGAAAUGAACAAGGCACUCAUUGUUCUUGAUGACAUUGUUGAACAUAAACAGUUAGUUGCUUUAAUAGGUACAGGGAAGAUUAAUGCACAAACCAAGAUUAUAAUCACCACAAGGGAAAACACAGAUACUUGGUUUGACUUGUCAUGCUGGAGGUCUCAAAAGUAUGAAAUGAAAUUAUUGAAUGGUGAUGAAUCGUCAGAACUUUUAUGUCAUCAUGCUUUUAGAUCCAAAAUUCCUACAACAGGCUUUCAGGAGGUUGUAUCACGGGUGGUUCAAUAUUGUGAAGGAAAUCCACUUGCUCUAGAAGUGGUGGGCUCAUCUCUGUACAAGAAUGAUUCCACCUCGUAUUGGGAAAGUCUUUUAAAAUCUUUUGAAAGAGAUGUCGAUUCUCGAAUUCAAGAUGUACUCAUACGAAGCUACGAGGAAUUGCCAUCUGAUACUGUAAAGGGGUUGUUUUUGCACAUUGCUUGUUUUUUUGUUGGCAUAGACAAGGAUUAUGUUGUAAAGAUAUUGGAGCCGGAUUACUCAGCAAUAUCUGGGAUCACAGUCCUAAUUAACAAAUGUCUUCUUUCUGUUUCACCAAACAAAGUGCUCAUGAUGCAUAGAUUGGUUCAAGAGAUGGGCAAAAACAUAGUCCGUAAAGAAUCCAAAUACUUCCCUGCAAAAUGUAGUAGAGUCUGGCUUAGUAUUGACUCCUAUAAGAUAUUGAGCAAGGGAAAGGGUUCAAAAACGGUAGAAGGACUAGCACUAGACAUGAAACUGUUGCGGGAAGAUAAGCUUGCACUCAAGGCAUCAUACCUUGAAACGGGCGCAUUUAAAAAAAUGGUAAAUUUAAAAUUGCUCCAACUAAAUUUUGUGGAACUCAAAGGAUCAUAUAAGCAUGUUUCUGAAGAUUUAAGAUGGCUUUGCUGGCAUGGAUUUCAUUUAGAAAUCCUACCCGCUGACUUAUGCGUUGAAAACUUGGUGGCUAUAGAUAUGAGCUCUAGUAACUUGGAAGUGUUUGAACCCCCUACGGAUAUUCAGUCAUUGAAGAUUUUAAAUCUUAAAGACUCUUACAAACUAAGGGAAAUCCGCAACAUGAUCAGGAUGCCUAAUCUUGAGACAUUGAUUCUUUGGAACUGUUACAGUUUGGUUAAUAUUUGUGAAAGCCUUGGAGCUCUUUCAAGUCUUACACUAUUGCACAUGUCAGGGUGUAAAAACCUAUUCAGUUGGGAGCAUACAGAACCUACUUUUUCCUUCCCAGUUUCAUUACACCGGCUAUUCCUCAAAGACUGCCAUCUACAAUGUAGUGAUUCUUUUCCUUUGAGUUUCAUUUUUCAACCAGAUUUGCAGUAUCUGAAUUUAGGAAAUAGUCGAUUUGAGUCCUUGUCUUGCUAUGAUCAUCUUAAAAGUCUUCGGGUUCUUGACCUGAGUUUUUGCUCUAGACUCAAAUACCUUAUAUGCCUCCCUGGUACACUUUCAGAAUUGUAUAUAUAUUACUGUGAGUCACUAGAGAAAAUAACUUUCCAAUCACAUCGAUUCCCUUUGCAAGAGCUUGGUUACGAAGGCUGUGUUAACUUGUAUGAAAUUGAAGACUAUGUCAAAUUGGUGCCCAUAGCUAAAUUAGAUGAAACUGAUUUGGGACACAUGGAGUGGCUAAAAGAAUAUCAGAAUCAUGAAGUGUGCCUUGUUGGUGAUGAUGAGCUCACAGUAGGCAGAAGUUGGCAUAUCCAGAUGUUGUACGAAUUUAAUAUUAUGAGCACAUCUCUGCCAAAUGUAAAUGACCCAAGGAUGACACCUGAGUAUAUGUCAGAAUCAUCUUCUUUGUCCUUUGAUGUACCUUCGUGUCCUAAAAAUAAGAGGCUCAAAGGAAUUAAUGUAACUUUCAAGUAUUCAGUAUCAAGUGUUGAUUGGGCAUGGUUUUGUAAAGUCAGUACCACGAAUGGUGUUGUUGAUUUAAUCUACAACCCUAAAGUCUUUGGCAAACCGGAAUGUGGUGAAGUAGGCAUAUGGUUAAGCUAUUGGCCAAUUGGAAAUACAUUGGACUUUGGAAACACUGUUCAUGUCUCUAUUGUUGUGAUGAGUGGAUUGGAGGUGCAUGAAUGUGGUGUGAGCCUUGUGUAUUCCGAUAAGGAAACCAUGGAAAAUAACAUGGGAGGGGUAGAAAUUUUUGGAGGAGAUUUGUCUGGAUUUGAACUAAGCACAGGAGCGUACUAUCUUUGUCGGCGUGAUUUUUUUUCGUUAAUGGAGGUUGGUAGAUUGACUCGUGAUUGGUUUAGGAUUUUAGUUGGUGAUACCAUUGACUACACCGAGGUAAGAGGAUGGAGAAAGACUGGUCGACCAAAACAGGUGAAUGAUCCAUCAUUUACAGAGUUAAAAACUGUUAGAUGUAUCAUCUAUGGUCCUCAAGUGGAUGAUACUUACAAGAUUGCAGAGAUGUCCAAAUCAUCUUUGGGCGAUGACACAGUGGCAUUCACAUCAAGUUUGCUUAAGGAAGAAACAAUUGAUGAGAUUGAGGCAGUGGAGGAAAUUAAUGUCAAGCAGUAUAAGUCUCGCGAUGAGACAUCUGAUCGUUACUCACAUGCAAGAAUAAUGAAACCUGCAACUGGAGAGGGCGAAAUUGUGUCUUCUUCAACUUCGGCAUAUCCAUGUCGCCGUUUUUCUCUUGCAAAAAUUCAAUCUGCAACCAAUAACUUUUCUGAUGAACUAGUCAUUGGAUGGGGUGGAUUCGGAAAAGUGUACAAAGGUCAAAUUUUUAGUGAAGAAGCUGGUCACAUUGUAGCCAUCAAAAGGAGGGAUUCUAUGUCCUACUUUGGGGAACCUGAAUUUAAGGCUGAGAUCGAUACACUUUGUACAUUUCACCACGUUCACUUGGUGUCUCUCGUUGGCUAUUGUGAUGAUAAUGAGGAGAAAAUCCUUGUUUAUAAAUAUAUGCCAAAGGGAAGCCUCUACGAUCAGCUACACAAUGUUCAUACUCCUUUAAGUUGGGUUACACGGCUCAAGAUAGCCAUAGGUGCUGCACGUGGUUUGGAGUACCUUCAUAUCGGUGUCCGCACCCAACAUGGAGUCAUACAUCGUAACGUCAAGAGUUCAAACAUUCUUUUAGAUGAGAACUGGGUGGCGGUGAUUUCGGGUUUGGGGUUGUGCAUAGCUGGUCCAACCGAUCAGUCGAUUCCUUAUGUUGAAGACACUGUUAAAGGCACAUUUGGGUAUCUUGAUCCAGAGUAUUUUUUUACUAGAAAAUUAACUUAUAAAGCAGAUGUGUAUGCGUUUGGGGUUGUAUUAUUUGAAUUGCUAUCUGGAAGGCUUCCGAUAGACGAUGACAAAGAGGAGGACGAGCGUAGUUUGGUAAGGUGGGCUCAAAAAAGUUUUAAGGAAAGAAAAUUAAAUCAUAUGGUUGAUUCUAAUAUCAAGGGAACAAUCUCAUCCAAAUGUUUCAGACAGUUCGCUCAAAUAGCAGAUCGUUGUGUUCACCGUGUUCCAGAAGAACGGCCUACCAUGAGUGAGCUAGUAGCCUCACUUGAGGCUUUACUGGAACUGCAGGAGAAAUCUGACAGUUCUGCCAAGUCAUCAAGCAUAAUGGGUUUCCCUUGGAAGAUCAAGAAAUACUUUGUUCCCGCGACUAAACCAAACCCUGAGGAAAGCGGGACAAGUUCACAAAAGAGCCAUGACAAGAACAAGAAGCGGGAUGAUGAGUGAGUGGUCAGAGAAGUAAAAAUGUACAGAUAUGAAAGGUUGAAGCUAGCUAAGAUUGUUGGCGGAGCAUAACAAGUUCAUACGAUGAAGACUGAGGAGCUGCUUGAGUGAUGUUCACAAAGUUAUUGGGUUUUUUAAUUUGUCAAGUUUUAUUAUCCAUCCAUUUAUGUCAUGUUAAAUAUGAUAAAUAACCUGUUUAAGCCUACUGGGUGGUUCAAUCUAAAUGAUACAUACUUAUCCGGAUUUGAAAGCUACUGGUGUUAGCCAUUUAAGCUAACUAGGUUGAUCUGUUUAUUUUGGUUAAUUAAUUCGGUUUUCGCUUUU